AUGUCGUCCACCCCUAGUAGAGUACCGGAGACACGAGUCAUCUCACCGUCGCCUUCUCUCUCCGAUAGAUCAGAAGCACGUGAUGGGUAUUUUGCGCCGGUAACGCGAUCUGCAUCGCGCCGACAACAGGAUGGACCUGGCUCAAGACAAAGCCGAAGCCCUCCCGAUGAGAUUCCCGAGGAGACACCCUCAAGGAGUUCUGCUCGACAACGUCGGCCGCCUCGGAGGUCCAACCCCAAAAUGCCAGCAUCACCACCAGCGACCAAUGGCAGCGCAUCCAAUGGGUUCCUAUCACCCACAUCGAAAGUUUCGGACGCAUUACGUGACCUGUCGAGGUCACCAUCACCGCUCGGUCUGAUUCCUUUGCAUUCCCGAUACCGCAGUUUCAUUCAUCGCCAUGAAAUCCCACGCAAAGUCCUCCACGUAUCGAUUGGAUUCCUGACACUUCAUCUGUACAGCCGAGGUAUCCAGACAUUGCAGAUAACACCCGUACUUUUCUCUUUUUUGGUACCCAUUGCAGUGACCGACAUUGUGCGGCAUCGUUCGGAGAAGGUCAAUAAGAUUUAUAUUCGUUGCGUGGGCGCGCUUAUGCGCGAGACCGAGGUCUCUGGCUAUAACGGUGUGAUCUGGUAUUUGCUCGGUGCAUAUGUCGUCCUCCGUUUCUUCCCUAAGGAUGUCGGUGUCAUGGGUGUCCUUCUUCUCAGUUGGUGCGAUACCGCAGCCUCCACAUUUGGUCGCAUGUACGGCCGCUACACCCCCCGUCUGCGACAGGGCAAGAGUCUGGCUGGCACCGCAGCCGCCUGGCUGGUUGGUGUUAUCACCGCCGCUGCUUUCUGGGGUUGGUUUGUUCCCUACAUGGGUGCAUUCCCCAAUGACCCGGAAGGUUCGUUCAUGUUUACAGGCCGCCUGAAUUUGCUUCCAGAUUGUAUUCGAAGCCUGGUCGGAUGGGAUGCUGUUGAGACUUCAUCCGCGGUUAUAACUGGCCCUUUGGCCCUUGGCGUGAUGAGCGUUGUCUCUGGCUUCGUCGCUGCCGGUAGCGAGUUCAUUGAUCUCUGGAGCUGGGAUGACAACUUCACUAUCCCGGUGUUGAGUGGACUUGGGCUCUGGGGAUUCCUAAAGGUCUUUGGCUAG